GUCGCAAGUUCGAAUCGCGCCGUCUCCAUCAGCAGCUCACCACAUUAAUGCCCCAUCCAGGCUUGUUCCUCCGGAGUUAGUGGCAUUUUGCAUAGGCCAGCAAAGAUGUUCCAUUAUGGCAAAGAGCUUCAGAUCCGUCAUCGAGUCUGUACUGGAAGAGAUCUCCCUGUGUGGCGACCGCGGUGCAUCCCCAGCUGAAGUGCUGGGCUUUGUUGACGCAGUCUAUGCUACACAAAGUUUGCAUAACGGCACUGGACGUGGGACAGCACGUCCGCCAAAGGUUGACCAUCAGCUGAAAUGUUGUCUAUGGGCGUGGUUGACACGGCAUCCUGAGGUUUCAGUCGGAAAGAACGGAGAAGGAAAUGGCUUCACCCUGGAUCAAGUCCUGGCAAGCAACCCGUCACAGACACCCUUAUCAGGAGAGAUAGAUCCAUCUCUCAUUUCUGAGAACACGGCCGGACCAAAGGAAGCCGCACAAGAUGCAUUCCGUGUCUUUGUUUCGCAAGAGCGCAUGUGGCUCACGAUCACGGGCCAUAAGCCUGACAACUAUCGCAUUUUCCCUUUAGAGUUUACCCUUCUGUCCAUCAUCGCAUCUCACAAGUCUCGAGGAGUAGUCCAAGGUGACCUCGUCAGGCUCAGCGGUCAAGAUAAGCGUUCUGUGCCCAAACGGACCGAUACGCUCCAGCAGAAGGGCUACAUCGAGAAGAAGGCGAUUCAAUACAAGGGCGCAAGAACGAGCUUGUGCAUUUUACGCAAGUAUGCUGCCUCAGCGCCAGCAGAGAUCUCCCAGUCGAUCCGGCCCGAGAGUGAACGUGUUGGGAAUCCCCAGUUCGACGAGAUGAUUGAUUUCUCUGCCCUGCUGGACAAACUAUUUGGGUGCUUGAGAGAGCACAGAGUGAUCACGAGAAAUGACCUGAAAGAAAAGCUGGGAAUGACGGAGCUCUGGCGCUCGAAGGUUCUACGACGAGCCAUCAGGAAGCUGGAAGCCAUUGGAUGCGUGCGACGUGUCCAAGCCCUUUCACAGUAUUCCGAGGCGAUGCGAUCCUCGCACGCGUCCAUCAUGCUUAUCCGUGAACCUACAGAGAAAGAUAUCCAACUAUUUCAUGAGGACAGCUCUGCUGUUAUUGCGUCCCUCCAACAGGACGAUGACCUGGACGAGGCCCAGGCGCAAACCGAGGCCAUAGAGGAUAUGUCAGGGGCUGGUACCCUUCAGCCAAGCGAUGCCAAACAAAGUAUCGUCCGAGAUGCUGGUCGCAGAAUUCCCCAAUGGACUCCGGAUCAAAGUCUCCCAAAUUUCAUCUUCAGCCUAGUUGAUAAGGCCGGGACAAGAGGAAUGGACAAUUUGGAAAUCGCUGGAGAAUCAAUGGGCAUAUUCUUUAGGCGGCCAAUUGAAGCUCUUUUGUCUCGCCUUGUCGAUUCAUGGCAAUAUUCACAACCUCUCCAUCUACGACAUCUGUCUUUGGUCCGCGAUACGGCCCUUCGUGGCACCAUUUCCUACUUUGUUCAGUACUCCGUCCGAAAUUUCGCAGCACUCGUUGAAGAUGGCCAAGCUUCUUGGGAGGCCGUCGAAACCCCCGUUAAGAAAGGUGCAACUCGUCCUCCUCCGAUUGAUGCAAAGCCUGAGCUCGAUGCACAUGGGUUUGUAAUCACAAAGGAGCCCCCAAAUCUCGUAAAGCAAGGAAAUGCUACUCUCCGAGAGUGUUUAGAAUCUGCCAAGCCCAACGACUAUGUUGUUACGCACCGUGACCCGGCUGUGGUGUGUCUCCGUGACGGCACAUUUGGCGUUCGAUUUGGAAGCCGAUGGCGGUCACAAGACGCCACGAGAGCAAUAUCACGUAGUGUCUCAGCAGGACUACAAAGCGACAUCAAAGACGGAAUUAAACGUAAGACACCCGAUGCCGGGCUUGGAGACUUGGAAGAGAUGAGCAAGAUUCCUGUGGUUAGCGAUAUGCAUAAAUCUAAGCGAAGAAAGAAAAUGAACGAUCUUGAACAGAUGUCGGAGCUGGACCGACUCAAAGCCAAAGGCUACGACGAAAGCUGGACAGCAUACAGUACUCUAACACUCGAAAGACCAGUUCCUGGUCUUUAUUUAACGCCAGUUGGCAAAAGAAGGGCUUUUGGGAUGAGGCAAGGCCGUCCAGCCCGGAGUCGCGUUGCAAUUUUCAAAUUACCAAGGCUGAACGAGUUCAGCUGGUUCGCCGAUGAAACAACAGCUGGGGUCUCUGAAAACGAACCUGUGUCAAUGCGACUGACACGGUCUUCUGGAGCUAAAGAGAUUGCAGCGGCCGCCGCCCCGCGUUCUAGUAGCCGGCUAAGUGAGAGGUCGUCGGUGGAUAGAUCUAUUGACAAGCUAAGAGAUUCUAUGGUAGAUUCUCUUCCCGAGGAGCAAAACGGCCAACUUGUGGCCUCGACGGAGGCCACCCCUCGUGACGCGGAUAGCGCUAGUGCCGUAACCGAGAGGUCUGCUAGAAAGCGAAAGCCGUCUAGCCUUGACGAUAUCAACCCCGCCCAGGCCCAAACAAUGCCUGAGAAACCGCGGAGGGGUAGACCUCCCAAAAAGCGCCGUUUCACGCGUGACUCUAAGCCUCGUCAGAUCGCACAAGAUGUCUAUGCUAGUCCUGAUGCUUCCGCUUCGAGCGGGACGCAGAAUAUCACUGAUAUUAACGGUGAACUACAACAGCAACAAGGGUCACCGCCGAACGUUGAACCGAACUAUGUACUGGAACGAAGCCAAAAUGGGAAGGCAGAUACUCUUGCUCAAUCCCAGGACAGUUCUGGUGAAGUUGUAGAUGAAAAUCCGUUGGAUUUAGAGUUGGCCGCUCAACAAAGCUCCACCUCGGUUCCGACCACCGCUACACAACGCAAUAAGCCCAAAGAGCAUGAUGUUGACUUACCGGUUGUACCCCCUGGCACACUCCACGCACCAACUCAGGAAGAGCAAUUCGAAGUAAUACCGAUGGAAAUACAUACAAGCGUACCUAGGGACGAGAUUGGGGUCCCGACCGGAUCUGGAAGCCAGGCAACUAAGGCUAACGGGGCACACGUCGAUAUGUCCAUAGAGCCAUUGGAAACGAAACCACUUCCUGUCCCUUCCAGCGUCGCUCCAUCCGAGGCCAAAGACGAAACCUCAAAAUCAAGUGUCAAGAAAGACUCCAGAGGAGGCUCCAUUGCAUUUCAGCGACGAAAGAUUGUAAUGGACAUCAUAGAACAGUGCGGAGGAGCUCACCCGCUAGGUACUGAGCUGUGGUAUCCUUUCAGCACUGUCUGGCUCAAAACAAGAACAGAGAAGCCUGACAUGCGCACAAUCAGAUCCGCCGUUAAAUCGCUGGUUGACGCCGGAAAGCUUCGACAGCUCACUUUUAGUGGGAAGAACUCCAAAGGGCUUAUGGUGACAAAGAGCCUAAUCGCCAAGCCAGAUAUAGACUCGAUGGAUCCCAUGAUUCGGGACUUGCAGAGCGCCAUGCUCAGCGCGGACCCUCAACUGUAUCUACACCCCAAGGCCACCAUUGAUCCAUCUCUGAAGAAGUCACACAAAGGCUUUGCCGGUCAUGACUUAAAGCUACCUGAGGUCGAAAAUGAAGUUCGGGUCACAUUGAGUUAUAUUCCAGCCAAAUUCCGCCCACGGCAACCCAAGCCGCGUACGCUUCGGUUCAUUGAAGAUGGCCGUUCAUUCGGACGCGGGGAUUUUGGAGCUGGUGAAUGCUACAGAAGGGUUCGACGGCUCAAAAGUCUUCAAAAAAUGCCGUCUACGAGUCCCUUCCUGGAUUCUCUUUCGAUCCCUGCACCGUAUGCUCCAGCAAUCGCCAGGCCUCCUGUUCUCAGGCCCUGGCCUCUUGACGAAGGUUACGCUGGUAUGGUAUUUGGCGCAAACUGGAAACCUAGCCUACUUUUGAUGCUCAUGUCACCAGCUCAGACAUUCAAUGCAGCGACCGGGACAUUUGGAACCGGAGUGUGCUACAUGACCCGGCGGAGGCGUAGCUAUAGGAAAAAAGCGGUAAUGCCGAAACUAGAAUCUCUACCGAAUGGGUUGAAUGAUAUCUUAUCUACAUCGAGGAAACGCAGCGUAGACUUAUCUAACGUUGCAGAUCCAGCUUCAACCGGCUUCUUCUCCGAUAUAGAUACCGUUAGGGACUGGGAACUAAGGAAUGAAUUUCCUGAUGGCCCACCGGAUGAGAUGUUGAGGUACAUUGACCAUGCAAUUCCUGGACCCUUCGAAAGCGCCCCAUUAGAAGGCCCAAUUCGUUUCGAGAUUGAUCAGCCCCCUCCUCAACAGCGAAAGCCCAUGGAGCCACCGGUAACUCGACUGGCAACAUCUCGCGCUAUCAUGGAAGCAUUUCCCGCUCGGUAUAAACCGUUAGCCUUAGGUUGGAUGCCUCAAAAGGGCUCUGUUCAGCCACAGAGAGCAGAUGCUCAAUCUGGUAGACGUCUCACGCAGCUUCAGGAAACCACGAAGGCCGCGCAAGGAGCGGUAAAAUCCGUGGAUCGCAUAUUCAAGCGCGUUCGAUAUGCGAAAGAUUUCCCUCAGCGGAUCGCUCAAAAGCUCACUGUCGCGAUAGUGGUUGUACGCACCUUGGCAGGAGGUUUAGAGGGCAAAUUGAUCGACUGGCCGUUAGUCACGUCUGUUUUCCCCGACUAUGAUUCGAAAUUCAUCCAAGAUCGUGGUAAAAGUAUAGUAUCGCGGCAUAGGCUGCAGAUGGCUAAGAUGCAGCGGGAUUUUCAAGAGCGUUACAUUGAAGCCUACGAAAAUGACCUUGUGCCGAGCAUUGACUACAACAAUUUGCAAGAGUACGAUUGGGAAUCGGUGGUUAACUGGGCAGAGGAACAGCUUGAAAGGCCUAGUCUCCAGAAGGUUCCAAGCCUUCCAGCGACUCACGAACAGUUCGUCAGCAUCUUCGACGUUCGAACAGAGCAGAUGCUUGAUAUUGACGAGCUGUACCAGCACAAUGCGCAAACUACGAUUCCACGGAAACGGACACUAUAUGCCAACGUACCGUUUUCAGUUCCUCUUGGUCAAAAGCGCCGAAAUACUGUUUCUACUCUAGGCGACAAUAACAAAGCCGAGUCGAUAAGACGCCUGGAAGUUGCAAAAACCUGGGUUCGCGCCAACGUAAUCACGACAGAAGAAACAUACCGGCCCACUGAGGCUCGGCAAAUUCUCGAGCGCUUUGGUGAAGAGCUCAUUGGGGAGGCAAUACAAUCCCUGAUCACGGAGCGCGUUAUAUCCAUGAGUAAUCGUGGAAAGGUCACCCCAGGCCGGAACUACGAUGUCACUGAGCAUUUUCUGCAUGCAUUUGGCCGCAAACGAGCGGUUGAGGCGGUGCAGUUGAGACGAGCGCUACAUUUCAAGCUCACCAUUUUGGACCCUGCGAUUCAAUCAGAGGGAAAAUACAAACUAGAAUAUGGGGCAGACGACGGUGACAUUCUGGUCAUGAUCAACCUGGCAACACAGGGACGCGUUACGAUCCGGCCGCUAAACCCGCCACGAAACAAAUACGGGCUCACGGAGCGUGGGUAUCUCACUCGAAUGAUGGAUAAGACGAAGUUGCGCUUUGACGUGGAGAUUCAUCCGGUCCCCGAUAGAUACAUUUAUGGCAAUCCGUUGGCGGAAAAGAUCGACCAGACACCAGUACCCAAUACGGAUAUAACCGUGAGCGAGUUCGGUACCUCGUCGACUCUUCCCAAGGUUCCGCUCUGGGUAGAUGUACACGGACAAUUUUCAAAGCUACUGUGGGAGCUCGCGGUUGGGGCUGUUGUGGGACUAUUGGCCGCUAUCCCAGGGGCUGGAGCAGAUACUAUCGGGCGAAUCAUGCAGCCAUAUCUUGGGACAUGGGAGGUAGAGUUGGUCCUGCAGUGGCUAUAUGUUGUGGGAGCUGUUCGGCAUGUGAGAGAAGAUGGCAUGGAAGAUGAUGCCAAAGCUAAGGGAGGCUGGACAGUGAAGGAGUGGUGGUAUCUUGCUCUUGGUUCGUGAUUGUAUCAACAUAGGUGUUCUACAUGGACUUGUAUUUUAUAUAACAUAAAAAUGGUGUCUUAUAACUCUAUCUGUCUUUCAGAGAA